AUGGACUCAGAGAAAAGUGGUGAAGCAACAAUCACUAUCCAAGAACCAAAGACCGACCCUAAAAGGAAGGGCAUUGCUGGUAGUGGUGCUGGUGCUCCUGCUGCUGUUGUAGUCACUACUAAAGCUACCCAGCAGCAGCCACGAGGAGGAUGGAAAAAGGGUAUAGCCAUUUUCGACUUUGUCCUAAGGCUUUGUGCAAUUGCAACAGGCUUAGCAGCUACUGGUAUUAUGGGAACUACUGAACAGACUCUUCCCUUCUUUACUCAGUUCUUUCAGUUCCAUGCCAAGUAUAAUGAUCUUCCAACUUUCAUGUUUUUUGUGUUUGCAAAUGGCAUAGCUAGUGGAUACCUUGUACUCUCCUUGCCUUUCUCUAUAAUCUGCAUUGUCCGGCCUCAUGCAGUAGGACUAAGGCUUCUCCUUAUCAUCUUGGAUACCGUGGCGAUGGCUCUGACAAUAGCCGCUGCUUCUGCUGCAGCAGCAAUAGUGUACUUAGCUCAUAAUGGGAAUUCAAACGCAAAUUGGAACGCAAUUUGUCAACAGUUCAACGAUUUCUGCCAGCAGACCAGCACUGCCGUGGUGGCUUCCUUCAUAACCUCAGCCAUGUUCCUGUUUCUCAUUGUGUUGUCUGCAUUUGCUCUCAGAAAAAAUUAGUUCACUAUCAUUUCUUAAUUAUGCUCUUUCUUCCGUUGAUUUCCCAUAUAUUGUUUGUUGGCUUCUGCAUGCCUUGCCUCGUGUAAUCCUUGUUAAUUUGCUGUGCUGUUAUGAUCUAUA